CAUGCGUGUUGAUAUUAAAAUAAGGCCGUUUCUUGUCUAUACAAACUACAAAUGAGUUGAAUUUUUUGGAGGAAAUAAAUGCUGUUUUGGCCUUAAAUUAUGUUCAAUGUCACACCAAGUCAUAAACUAAUAAUACCUAUUUGAAUCAGCACAAAUUAUGCCCUUUUAGUGGCUUCAAAUGAUGCCUUGUAUUCCCACCCCAGCACCCCUGAAAUAUAUGCAUGAUUUGCAUUGUUGUUAGGGAACUGUGAAAAUGCGGAAGAUGCUUAGAAAUUGGCAGUUUUGAGUGAGUUGUCCAAGCUCCAUGACAUGGUUAGGAAGCAGUUGAUGAAAAUGGGGAAGAUGCUUAGAAAUUGGCAUUUGGCAGUUUUGAUUUUCUGAUUCUCAUGUAGUAUAACUUAUUUGUACUGAAUCAGUUCUUGGCCAUAGAAUUCAAUACAGUUUAGACACAUAAUCAUGGCUAGAAGAUCAUCGCGAAUUCAUGAAGUAAGCGAGGGAAGUGAACUGAGCUGUAUGUGGGGAUUGUUCAGCAUCCUCGAAUCAUGCCAAGGUCGUCCAGCAAGCAGAAACAUCAUUGAUUAUCCGAGACCAAUUAACGCCGUUGCUAGUUUUGAUGAAGAAUGUCAAAUGAUUCUUAAGGGGGAAGGUCAGAGAAGUAGUAGCGUUCGAAUUGAUGGUGAAGGAAGAAGCGUGAGGAGCUGCAGUGGAGACGAGAUGCCCGUUAAGCAGCAGAAGAGCAAACAAGCCAUAGUCAAGAGACAGCCAUAUGGUAAAACAGAGGGUGAACUUGUUGAUCAUUGGCUGUCAAACACCCAUAAGACAACUAGGAAAAGCAGCCAAAGCGUCUAUCUGCCAUCUUCUUCCUGUUGCUUGAACAGUGAAGUUAGGUUGAUGAACGAGCUACCUUCGACUUCAGCUGAAAAAAAAUCCCUUGAUAAGAUAACUCUUGCUGCAAUUUUAGGCGCAGCCUGUGCUCAGAAUCACCAGAAAGAGAUUCAGCUUUCAGAAUAUCUACAAAGAAAUAGCUAUCUUGGAAAGUAUGGUGAUAAUAGGGUUGAUGAUAUUAGCAUCAAGCAAGUUCGGGCAAGGGCGAAGGCUCUUGUUGAUCAAAUGUAUGUCGACAGAAGGUUUGUUUUUGGAGAAGGGAGGGACGCUGAGUACAAAUUAUUCUCUAACGCAUUGGAAGUGUUGAACUCGAAGAAUAAGGUUGAGAAAGAUACAAUCAAGUCAGUACUAAGUGAGGAUAGCACUCCUGAUAAGUCUGGAAGCACGUUGGCAAUGGAUGGGGCAAGCAUGAACGAUUAUUUAUGGCGUAAGAUCGAUUAUCAGCUCAAGUACUCUUCGAAAGCAAAUUUCACAGCCCAGCCACCUGAUAAAAUAGUAAUACUGAAGCCAGCUCCCCGAAAUGGGAAGCAUCCGGGGAACUUGACCAGCAGCUGCUCGUCGUUGCAGCUUCCUUUCAAAUCAAGUAGAAGAGUAUCUGUGGAGAGAACAGCUUCCUUCUCUUUCAGAGAGAUCAAGAAAAAACUGAAACAUUCAUUUGGAGUCACCAAAAAGGAAAACAGGAACUGCUGCAAUUCCUCUACCAAUGCUGAGAAGGAAGGAAAGGUGUUGAUGAAACCAGAGCCCAAAUCCAGUAGGGGAUCCGAUAUACCUCGUGUGGCUGAUACCACGCGUAGAAAAUUAUACAUCUCAAGAGAUAGAUCUUCUGACAAAAAGGAAUGUGAUGUGAUCUUGGAGGCGAAGAGGCACCUCUCCACAAGAUUGAAUAAUCUGAACUCCGUGGAGGCAGACACCAGUAGAAAAAACCCGAGAACCCUGGAGCGGAUCCUCUCCUCACCUGAGCACGACUCCUGGCCCUUCAGCCCGAGAAGAGACAGCCUAUACUGUCCCGGUUCUGCAGAGAUGAGAUUUUGUCCGUACAACACCUCGCCUAGAGCCAGUGAUAGCAGUUGCCAUGAACGAAAUGAAAUAAGAUCGAAAACAGAGGUUGCAUCGUUGCAGACAGCUGAAGAUACCAAUGUUUCUACUGCAGAAAAAAUGAGAUGUGAUGGUGAAUCAAAGACUGCAGAAAUGGGCAACUACCUUCAACCUGCAUCACAUGUUUCGGUAGAAGUCCUCAGCGAAACAACCCAUUCAGACACAGUCAACGAACAGAAAUGUGAUGGUACUGCAAUUCAUUCAGUGAUGGUAAGUGCUUCAUCCCUCUCCCAACAUAACAUUUUCCUUUUUAUUGACCUUCUAAAAUGUUGCAACUUUGCAGGCUUCUUCGAACGAUCACCACAUAGAUUUGGUUGAAAACAUCAAAUUUCAAUAAGAGCACCAAAGCCCAGUUUCUGUCCUUGAGCCAUUCUUCGUAGACAGUCCACCAACAAUCUCACUUCAAACCGGCAGAAAGCAACUGCAGCCACAUCGCCUUGACUUCGAAGAGUGCUCAUUCAUAUCAUCUCCUCAGCACACACCGGCCAGUGCUCAUCCCUGCAGCGACAAACACCUCUGCCAAUACGUGCAGUUGGUGAUGGAGGCCUCCUCCUUAGAUUGGGAUCACCUAUCAGAGAUCAUAUCCCAACCUGAACAUAUGCUCCUUCAUGAAACCUUAUUCGAUGAAGUCGAGUUUCCACCCCUCGGCUGCUACUACGACCCUAAGCUUCUGUUUGAUCGGAUAAACGAAGUGCUAUUGGAGAUUUACAAAUGCCAUUUUUGCUCUCCACCUUUUGCCCCGUCCAAGACGAGGUCCGUACCACUGGCUGAAGCAGUUCUUGAUGAGAUAUUGGCAGAAACUGAUUACUUUCUGCUUCCCACGAGAGACAGGAGAAGCUUGGAUGAGAUUGUCUUACAAGAUGCAAAAUGUGGACCGUGGCUUGAUGAUAUUCGAUUCGAUAAAGAGCGUGUUGUGGUUGAUAUUUCAGAAGCUCUGAUGGAGGGUUUUUUGCUUGAUACGCUGCUUCAGUUUCAUAGAUGACAAGUUUGGUUUCUUUAUAGUGUAAAUCUUUCUUUUUUUCUUUUUGGUUUUGAGUUGAAUGUGAACCAGCAUGUUGCAGUGAAUUGUUUGUUUUUCCA